GUAGCAGACUUUCUUGAAUAAUAAAAUGACUUUUAUAUGAAAACGAGUCAUGUGAGGUGAUACAGGUAUAGGUUUUUAUUUUCUUGGUCACUUCCCUCUUCCAUUCAGUUCGAGUAACACCGAUUCUGGUUCUGUCCUCUACAAAAUAUAUUUCUAUUUCAAACCUGCUGUUUACCGAACUUAAUCGCCCCAACAAUCUCAAAAUAAACAUCAGAAUUUGUGACGGAGUAUUGAUAAGUGCAAAUUUUUAUCGGAAAAUCAAUUUUGAAUAGAAUGAAUUCUUCUAUCAGAGGUUUGAUUAAAAAUCAUUUAAAAAGCUUCAAUGUAUUUAGUUCACGAAAGCUCAGUGUAAGUAAAGGAAAACAAAUGCGCUACGUGCAAUUUAAAUACAAGACAGGUGGGGUUCAGCACCUGGGAGCUCAAAUUGCACCAGAAGGCGACAUUUUUGAUUUGAGUGCUGUUAACUCCACCAUACCUAACUCUUUGGUCAAGUUUUUGAAGGCAGGCGCCGAUGUUCAACAAAAGGCAAAAAGAAUAAUUGCAGAAGGUAAAUCUGUAGUCCAUUUGGAAGAUGUGGUCUUACUAUCACCAAUUACCAAUCCAGACAAAGUAGCAUGUGUCGGAUUGAAUUACAAAGGACAUUGUGAUGAACAAAACAAGCCAUACCCGAAAGAGCCUAUGAUAUUUAGUAAAUUUUCAUCUGUUAUUACUGGACCUUAUGACAACAUUGAAUUACCUAAAAUUUCUCAGAGGGUAGAUUGGGAAGUUGAGUUGGCUGUUAUUAUUGGCAAAAAAGGAAAAAAUCUGAGACCCGAUCAAGCACAGGACAUAAUAUUUGGAUUCACAGUAGCACAAGAUGUGAGCGCUAGAGAUUGGCAGAAAAGAAACAAUGGUCAAUUUCUGCUUGGAAAAUCGAUGGAUACAUUCUGUCCUCUUGGACCAGCAGUUGUUACCAAAGACAAAGUAGAUGUCGACAAUUUGGGAAUAAAAUGUUGGGUGAAUGGGGUACUCAAACAAAGUGGAAAUACAAAUGAUUUAGUUUUUAAAACUGAUUUUCUAGUAUCACAUUUAUCACAGUUUGUAACUUUAUACCCAGGAGAUGUUAUACUGACAGGUACCCCAGGAGGAGUUGGCAUGUAUAGAAAUCCUCCAGAAUAUUUGAACAAAGGAGACAUAGUUGAAAGUGAAAUAGAAGGUAUAGGCAGACUGAAGAAUAUUUGUAUAUAAAAUAUACUUUAUAACUUUUAUACUGAAUAAAACACAUUAAAGUAAA